AGUUAGUUGACAGCGGUUCGGGAACGUGGUAGGAUCGGUAGUUUGUUCGUUUUCUUCGCCUCAGAAAGGCGUGUAAUAGCACAAGGUUUGCGAUUUGUUUACGUGCACAUAGGACUUGUUUACUCGUUGGGCGUCGGGGCUUCUGUGGAAAGGACGAGUGCGGUUAACCCCACCGACGUGUUUACAUCGAGCAUUAUGAAUAAAUCGUGUCUUCGUGGUGACCAACCACGUUUGCUCUGGUGUUGGCCGCUUUUGAUGUAACUGGCCGAGAAAGGAUUAUUACCACUUCUGGAUACCGCCUGGUGUGUUGUGUUUGUACAUGGUUGGCUUAGUUAUGCCAUUGAUGAAAGCCAUUUAAAUCAAGUGUGUGAUUGUGCCUGAGUGAUCCCGGAAAGAGGCCCCUGUGAGAUUGGGUUCAUUAGUGGAUGAAAUAGUCUCCCGGCCACCGUGCCACGGUCUACAGUGAAAGCACGGGCAUCUGCUAUCAUUGGCAUGCUCAAGAGUGCUCCCAAAAACCAUCCCCGCUGCGAUGAAGUUGAUUGAGCUUACAUGGGUGGAAUUUGUAAUGUGCUUGAUGUUUCCCACGGUGUUUGCACCUUUGAAGUUGAAGUUUCCCGUGGUGCGUUUGUUGGUGCCAUCGCUGUUGGUGUUGUUUCGGCCUCAAGUGUUACACCAUCACGAACAAGUGUUUUUGCUCCUGAAAGGAUACCGCUGCUGGUGACUAGUGGCGGUUCUGCUGCUCCUGUACAUUCAGUGUCAUCCCUACCUUCACCUGCCGAAAGUGAUGGUAGAUCCACUUAAAAUCUUCUGGGUACUCACGAAUAGCACGUAUCUAGUUACCAAAUUCAUCCGCAUUGGAAUCGCCGACAAGAAUGACAAUCCACCGUACUUCGACAAGGCACUGUACGAGGCAGAGGUCGAUGAAAACGAGGACAUUCAGCAUACCGUACUCACCGUCACCGCCAAAGAUCACGACGAGUCCUCGCGUAUUCGAUAUGAGAUCACGAGCGGUAACAUAGGUGGUGCCUUUGCGGUGAAAAAUAUGACGGGUGCUAUCUACGUCGCUGGUGCCCUGGAUUACGAGACGAGAAAGCGAUAUGAACUACGUCUAGCUGCGUCCGACAACUUGAAGGAGAACUAUACCACGGUGGUAAUCCAUGUAAAAGACGUCAACGAUAACCCACCGGUGUUCGAACGACCAACCUACCGCACCCAAAUCACCGAAGAGGACGACCGAAAUCUGCCCAAGCGUGUGCUGCAGGUUACGGCCAGCGACGGCGAUAAGGACCGACUGCAGAACAUCGUGUACUUCCUCACGGGCCAAGGCAUCGAUCCGGAUAAUCCGGCCAACAGCAAGUUCGACAUCAAUCGAACCACCGGAGAAAUCUUCGUGCUAAAGCCUCUGGAUCGAGAUCAACCGAAUGGGCGGCCCCAGUGGCGUUUUACCGUGUUUGCCCAGGAUGAGGGCGGUGAAGGUUUGGUCGGCUACGCUGACGUGCAAGUCAACCUGAAGGACAUCAACGAUAAUGCACCGAUCUUCCCGCAGGGUGUGUACUUUGGCAAUGUGACCGAAAACGGUACCGCCGGCAUGGUGGUGAUGACGAUGACGGCGGUGGAUUACGACGAUCCGAAUGAGGGUACGAACGCGAAGCUGAUAUAUUCGAUCGAGAAGAACGUUAUUGAGGAGGAAACGGGAUCUCCGAUUUUCGAAAUCGAAGCCGAUACCGGUGUAAUCAAGACGGCCGUGUGUUGUUUGGAUCGGGAGCGUACACCGGACUACUCUAUACAGGUUGUAGCGAUGGAUGGAGGGGGGCUUAAGGGGACUGGGACGGCCUCUAUACGCGUCAAGGAUAUAAACGACAUGCCGCCCCAGUUCACCAAGGAUGAGUGGUUCACGGAGGUUGACGAAACGGAUGGAACCAAUCUGCCGGAGAUGCCAAUUUUGACUGUGACUGUUCACGAUGAGGAUGAAACCAAUAAGUUCCAGUACAAGGUGAUUGAUAACAGCGGUUACGGUGCGGAUAAGUUUACCAUGGUUCGGAACAAUGACGGAACGGGUAGUUUGAAGAUUGUACAACCAUUGGAUUAUGAAGAUCAGCUACAGAGCAAUGGGUUCCGGUUCCGAAUUCAGGUUAACGAUAAGGGUGAGGACAACGACAACGAUAAGUACCAUGUGGCGUACUCGUGGGUGGUGGUAAAAUUACGAGACAUCAACGACAACAAACCCCAGUUUGAGCGACCGAACAUUGAAGUUUCAGUGUACGAAAAUGCCGACGUGGGAAAAACAUUGGAAACAUUUAAAGCGACUGAUCCAGAUCAGGGUGGCAAGAGCAAAGUAUCGUACGCAAUUGAUAGAUCAUCCGAUAGACAGCGACAAUUCUCGAUCAACCAGGAAGGAACCGUAACCAUACAGCGGCAACUGGAUCGAGAAGUAACUCCACGGCAUCAGGUGAAGAUUCUGGCGAUUGAUGAUGGAAUCCCACCGAAAACUGCCACAGCAACUUUGACAGUAAUUGUACAGGACAUCAACGACAAUCCUCCCAAAUUCUUGAAAGACUAUCGACCAGUCCUGCCGGAACAUGUCCCACCGCGGAAGGUAGUAGAAAUUCUUGCCACCGACGAUGAUGAUCGCUCCAAGAGUAAUGGUCCUCCGUUCCAGUUCCGGCUGGACCCCGGAGCGGACGACAUCAUCCGAGCUUCGUUCAAGGUCGAACAGGAUCAGAAGGGUGCAAACGGUGAUGGUAUGGCUAUUGUGUCAUCGCUGAGAUCCUUCGAUCGCGAACAGCAGAAAGAGUACCUGAUUCCAAUUGUGAUCAAGGAUCAUGGAAACCCGGCGAUGACCGGUACCAGCACCCUGACGGUUGUGAUCGGUGACGUCAAUGACAAUAAAAUGCAACCUGGAUCGAAGGAAAUCUUCGUAUAUAACUAUCUAGGUCAGGCACCGGAUACGCAGAUAGGACGAGUGUACGUUUACGAUUUGGACGAUUGGGAUCUACCGGACAAAAAGUUCCACUGGGAGACGAAUCAUGAACAUCCACGAUUUAAGCUGGAUGAGGAUACUGGUAUGAUAACGAUGCGCACCGGCACCAAGGAUGGUCGAUACCAUUUGCGGUUCAAAGUUUACGAUCGAAAGCACACGCAAGCGGAUGUCCCAGCUAAUGUGACCGUCACGGUACGAGAGAUUCCCCAUGACGCAGUGACUAACAGUGGUUCGAUUCGGAUAGCUGGCAUUACGGAUGAGGACUUUAUACGGGUGUGGAACUACAGGACACAAAGUUUGUCGAGAAGUAAAUUGGAUCGAUUCAAGGAUAAAUUGGCGGAUUUGUUGAAUACCGACCGGGAGAAUGUGGAUGUAUUUAGUGUACAGCUGAGAAGGAAGCAUCCUCCACUAACGGAUGUUCGGUUUUCGGCUCACGGUUCGCCGUACUAUAAACCGGUAAGGUUGAACGGAAUAGUGCUGAUGCAUCGGGAGGAGAUUGAAAAGGACGUCGGCAUGAACAUUACGAUGGUUGGCAUCGAUGAGUGUCUAUACGAGAAUCAGAUGUGCGAAGGUUCGUGUACAAAUACGCUGGAUAUUAGCUCGCUGCCGUACAUGGUGAAUGCCAACAAGACAUCUCUGGUGGGAGUAAGAGUUGAUGUGAUUGCGGAGUGUACGUGCGGUGCGAGAAACUUUAGCAAGGCAGAAUCGUGUCGGUCGUCGCCAUGCUACAAUGGAGGUCGUUGUACGGAGACUCGAUACGGGUUGUCAUGUUCCUGUCCAACGGGUUACACUGGACCACGGUGUCAGCAGACGACUAGAAGUUUCCGAGGCAAUGGGUGGGCCUGGUAUCCUCCGCUGGAUAUGUGUGAUGAUUCCCAUUUGAGCUUUGAGUUUAUAACACGCAAAUCCGACGGCUUGUUGCUGUACAAUGGACCAAUUGUUCCUCCGGAACGGGAUGAACUGCUCGUAUCCGAUUUUAUUUCCGUCGAAUUGGAGAGAGGUUACCCAAGACUGCUGAUUGACUUUGGUUCUGGCACACUGGAGCUGAGGGUCAAAACGAAGAAGAGCCUAGACGAUGGAGAAUGGCAUCGGUUGGAUAUCUUUUGGGACACUGAGAACGUCCGGAUGGUUGUGGAUUACUGCAAAUCGGCUGAGGUGUCCGAGAUGGAGGACGGUUCGUCGCCGGAGUUUGAUGAUUCAUCCUGUCAGGCUAGGGGUACAAUUCCCCCGUUCAAUGAGUAUCUAAAUGUGAAUGCACCGUUGCAAGUCGGAGGAUUCUAUCGGGAACAGUUUGAUCCAACGCAUUACCGGUGGAACUAUAUGCCGAUGGGUAAAGGCUUCGAUGGUUGCAUUAAGAAUUUGGUGCACAACAGUAAACUUUACGAUUUGGCGCAUCCGGGGCUGUCUAGAAACAGCGUGGCAGGUUGUCCACAGACGGAGGAAGUUUGCAGUCAAAGUGAGCAAACAUCGCGAUGUUGGGAGCAUGGGAACUGUGUGGGAAGUUUUACCGAAGCCAGAUGUCAGUGUAGACCCGGUUGGACUGGACCGGCUUGUAAUAUUCCAACGAUCCCGACCACAUUUAAACAGCAGAGCUAUGUAAAGUAUGCACUUAGUUUCGAGCCGGAUCGAUUCAGCACUCAGAUUCAGCUGCGGUUUAGAACCCGGGAACAGCAUGGCGAAUUGUUCCGAGUGAGCGAUCAGCACAAUCGCGAAUAUGGAAUCCUGGAGAUAAAGGAUGCUAGGCUUCGGUUCCGUUACAACUUGAACUCGCUGCGAACGGAGGAGAAGGAUAUCUGGCUGAAUGCGAUCGGUGUUGAUGAUGGGCAGUGGCACGUUGUACGUGUUAAUCGUCACGGUUCAGCAGCUACACUGGAGUUGGAUGGAGGCGAAGGUCGAAGAUACAAUGAAACGUUUACCUUCGAUGGCCAUCAGUGGCUGUUGGUGGACAAACAGGAAGGAGUUUAUGCUGGUGGUAAGGCAGAAUACACGGGUGUUAGAACGUUCGAAGUUUAUGCCGAUUACCAGAAAAGUUGUCUAGAUGAUAUUAGACUGGAAGGUAAGCAUUUGCCACUUCCACCAGCCAUGAAUGGAACGCAGUGGGGUCAGGCAACUAUGGCUCGCAAUCUCGAAAGAAACUGUCCGUCCAACAAACCGUGCGCGAAUGUCAUCUGUCCGGAUCCGUUCGAGUGUGUGGAUCUGUGGAACGAGUACGAGUGCACUUGCGGCGAGGGUCGCGUCAUGUCACCGGACGGCAAAGGUUGCAUGGAUCGGAACGAGUGUCUCGAUUUGCCCUGCCUGAACGGGGGCAUCUGUGUGAAUCAGGAACCCCGGUUGCGCUACCGCUGCGACUGCCCGGACGGAUUCUGGGGCGAAAACUGCGAACUCAUCCAGGAGGGACAGACGCUGAAGCUGAGCAUGGGCGCACUGGCCGCCAUUCUUGUGUGUCUACUAAUCAUAUUGAUCCUCGUGCUAGUGUUUGUGGUGUACAACCGGAGACGAGAAUCGCACAUCAAGUACCCAGGACCGGAUGACGAUGUGCGAGAGAAUAUCAUCAACUAUGACGACGAGGGAGGCGGUGAGGAUGACAUGACCGCGUAUGAUAUCACCCCGCUGCAGAUCCCGAUCGGUCCGAUGCCGGAGCUGACGCAGUGCAAAAUGGCACCGUUGAUGUACCCCGUGAUGACGAUGGGACCCGGGCACGAGCCGAACGUUGGUAUGUUCAUUGACGAGCACAAGAAGCGUGCGGACAGCGACCCGAACGCACCUCCCUUUGAUGAUCUGCGGAAUUACGCUUACGAGGGCGGUGGUAGCACGGCCGGAUCACUCAGCUCGUUACAGUCAGGCACCGACGAGGAGGUACAGGAGUUCGACUAUCUGGACGCGUGGGGUCCCCGUUUCGACAAGCUAGCCAACAUGUACGGUGAGCAUCAUCCUACAGAACUGGACGAGCUACACUAAGCAGCACCACGACCUGCCGCUCGAGAGGAGGCCACAUAGGAACCGAUAAAACGAACACAAAAUACUCAUCAGUAUCGCCACCAUCUCCGUCAUCAUCAUUUCGCGAAGGUUUGUUACUGGGCGACUAUCUUGUAUGUCCCGCCCACAAGCUUGCUUGUGGAUUCCCCAGCAAGGAUGCCGCCAGCAGAACACCAAAGUGGCCAGCCAGUUGAUGAGAAAGGGAAAAGAAAACAAACAGGUUAGGUACAAAUUAUUUUAGCACGUUUUUUAGUUACAUCAUCAAAUCAGAGAUAAAAGAGGAGGCAACCGAUGGAAGGGGGAUGAAAGAUGCUAAACCAAAGUUUAAUUUUUAAUCUCAAGCAAAAAUGAAACGAAGUUGUGUUGAGUCAAGAUGAGGGAAUUUUUCGAGAAGAAGCAUCAUCAAGGGAUAUCUUGCAUAUCCUUGAGGCUGUUGAUGAUAAAGCUAGUUCCGAAGAGAGGCACGGACAUGAAAUUCUUCCUUCGCAUCCCCUUUUAUGAAAGAAGACAGAACAGAAGGCUCGUUCGUUUAGAGCUUUAUUGACUAUUCCGAUGAUUCAACUAUAUACUUAUAUAUCAACGAGUUUUCGAUGAGUGAAAUUCUCGGUCGGAUUUUUUCGUCGAGAAACUAAGGGCUCAUAUACACUUACGGUUAUACACUCGUAAACAGAACAAACACACAGUUUUACACAGUUAUACACAGUUACAAUCGGGACUCACACACCACAUACGAAUAAGGAGUAACUAAAUUUAAUCCUUUUAAUUGCCGCAAUCGAGAGAGCAAUUGAAGUACCUUGCAACCAGUCAAAUUUUUGUUUGAAGAUUUUUAACACACACACAGAUAGCAAUUUUGUUAUUUUAGUUUGUAAAAACAACCUGCAUUAAUUUUACCUUUGAUUUUAUCGAACACAGCAUUACACUGUUCCUGUUUUGACUUAAGUAAGUAAAUGUUUUUUAGUAGAAAAAACGGAAGCAAUUGUUUUUAUAAAACAUAGUGAGCCUACAAACUACACAGAAUACAGACACACAAAGUAAUUCGCGCCCCACGCUCUCGCGUUCAGGAAGCACGAGACGAACUUUUUCAUGGCCAUCUACGAUCUAGGAGAAAAUGCAACUAAUACACACGAAACCGAGAACAUCGUAAAACUAGUUUGUAAAAUAAAACUAACAAUUAGUGUAUUAACUGCUAAAAGUCAAGAAAAUCUUAAGCUAAGUAAAUCAAAUAUACAGACAACAAAUCCGAGGGCCGAAAAUUAUUGCGAAAUUUUAUGCAAUAAAACAUCUUUGAAAUGUGGGUAAAAUUGUGAAAAAAAGUUAGUCAUAUAAAUCGUAAAAGCACUUGAGUGUUUUUAAGGGUAAUUUAUUUAUGUCGUAAGAAAACUAAUAUUGAUGAGAAAAAAAAUGAUAUUGUACAUCCAAAGACUGUAACGUUUGUUCUAAUAAUUUAUCGUAUUUAAUUGCUAAGUUUCAGAUUUUAAGGAAACAAACAGAUCAACCGUAUCUACCGGUUUAGAUUUGCAACGGAAAUGCAAAGAAGCACCAUCUUUUUUGAAAUUCAUCUCAAUACACAAUAGAGAUACGUUGUUUUUAACUCCUCAGAAAACCGUAGUUCGUGGGUUCGUUCUUUGUUGAAUAUGAUAGUGAACCACACGCAGAAACUCAUACACAUAUACCAAAAAAAGGACCGCGCACCUAUCCUAUUUCAACAGGACAAACAAAGACACACGCGAGAGCGUCGUUCAAAACGAAAAACUGAAUCUGUAUUAUUAAACAAUAUUAUUACUAACUUAGGUGAAACAAUGAAACGAUAAUACUUAGUAUGCUCAUUAUUCCAGGAACUUAUAUAAUCGAAGCCAUGGCAAAGAAACCAAUUAGUUAUUCCAUGACGUUUUUCCAGAGAUUGAUUUUCUAAAUCAAAGAAUGCAUUCUCCACAUGACUCGGUCGUUUUAAAUCAGUCACACAUUCGUCAUCGAAAAUCUACACUCUCACCAACACACGUACAUACCCAUACACAUAAAACCGACAAGCCCACUCACCUACGAAUGUAGGAAGAACUUUUCAUGAAACUCAUAACAAAUAGUUAAAAACACUCCGCGCGACAUAAAUCUCGUUAGUUAUUUGAAAAUCUAUCUUUUGUAAUAAGAAAACUGAAGAAAAACAGCGCAUAAAUAAAAGAUAACUGGAAAUAUUGAGAGGAAACAUUAUCUGUAAGAACUAGCACUAAAAAUUACUACUACAAUACAACAGCAAAUUCGAGACAAAAAAAAUGACACCUACUUAGACAGCAAAAAAUCACACAUUUUAGAUGCAAUUCGGCUGAAUGAAAGUCUGCAAAAUCUGGUGUUAAAAUAUAGAGAGAAAACCGUCAACUACCAAAAUCCUAGUGUAAAUAUAGUGUUGUAAUAAAGUAUGCAUAUAACGCGUCGAAGCAUGGACAGAGGAAACUGGUUAUGGUGAAGAAAGACACAUUUUUUUCUAACCCGAUACUGGAACAAUUUGAACACAAAGCGCAGAAAGAAAAGGAAAAGAAAAAAAUGUUACUUAGAGUAAAUUUUAGAUGAACAACAAAAAAACGGGAAGAAUUAAGCAAAACAGUCACGGAAUAUAUACACACACACACUAAACAAACAACAACAAAAAAUCGACGACGUUCAAUUAUGGUUAGAGCAAACAACAACCAGACGACUAUGGUAAAUAAAGGGAAAUCCCAGAGAGGUAACUCUUGUGAAAGAAUGAAACCGAAAA